CAAAAUCAAGUUCCAAACUUCUUUCUCUUACGAUGAAGCUCUUAUGGAAAACUCACAUGAGGCUACAAGUGAUUAAACUAGUCUUUGCUCUCUUUGUGGUGACACUUCUGUGUCUAGCUGAGAGUAAAAAAGCUAAAAUUGUGACUGCUUCAUUUGAGUACAAUGGUAUAAAUUGUAGAGCACACAGUGCUUCUUCGACGGAUUUCGGCGGUGUUGGAGACGGAGUUACAUCGAGCACAAAGGCUUUUCAGUCUGCAAUUAGUAAUCUGAGUCAGUAUGGUUCCGAAGGUGGUUCUCAGCUCUUUGUUCCUGCCGGAAAAUGGCUCACUGGUAGUUUUAGUCUUACUAGUCACUUUACUCUCUAUUUGGAUAAAGAUGCUGUUCUUCUUGCUUCUCAGGAUAUAACUGAGUGGCCUGUGAUUGAACCAUUACCAUCAUACGGUAGAGGAAGAGAUGCACCAGCAGGAAGAUUCACAAGCCUCAUAUUCGGAACUAACCUCACCGAUGUUUUUGUCACAGGCUUGAGAAAGAAUCCGGGUUUUAUUUCAAUAUGAAAUACUUUGAGGAAAAAGUGCAGGCCGGUGAAUGGGAUGAAGUUGAGAAGUAUUUAUCAGGGUUUACCAAAGUGGACGAUAAUAGAUACUCCAUGAAAAUAUUCUUUGAAAUCAGGAAGCAGAAAUAUCUGGAAGCACUUGAUAGGCAAGACAAGGCAAAGGCUGUUGAGAUAUUAGGAGAAUGAGCAGCUGUCCAAGUAUGGUGAUACCAAAACUGCUCGAGGGAUUAUGCUGUUAGAGCUAAAAAAGCUCAUGGAGGCAAAUCCUCUGUUCCGUGAUAAGCUUAUCUUUCCUGCAUUGAAGUCGUCAAGAUUGCGGACAUUAAUCAAUCAAAGUUUGAACCGGCAGCACCAGCUUUGCAAAAAACCCAAGGCCAAACCCAGAUAUAAAAACUUUAUUUAUCGAUCACUCAUGUUCACCUUCCAAUGGUCCUCUGGCACCAACACCUGUCAAUCUUCCAGUUUCUGCUGUUGCAAAGCCUGCUGCUUAUACUUCCCUUGGAGUGGGAGCUCAUGGUCCCUUUCCACUUGCCGCAGCAACUACUAAUGCUAAUGCUUUGGCUGGUUGGCCAAUGCCUCAGUUUCGUCAUCUGUCCAAGCAGCUGUUGUCACCGCAUCAACCAUACCUGUCCCAA